UAUCUCGUUUUUAAACGUUCUAGCGAAAGAACAACGCUCGAGGACAAAUAUAGUAGGUUCUUUAGUCAUGGAGCAGACGACAUGAUGAAAUGUUACCGACAGUGACGUAAAUCUCGAGGGAGUGUGCUUGUUCUACAUACAGAAAAUGGACUCCUUACUGUUGCUUGGGAUUUUUGUAGUAAUUCUAGUCAUAAUAUUCCUGCUGAUGCAGAUGUACAGACACUAUAGACUGCAGCAUUAUGAAGUACCAGCUAGGGACAUAACAAAAGGGCACAAGUUCUACAUGGUGGAUGAGUUUCCUGAACAAACAUACUGUAACAUUGGUCACAAUAAAAUAAAGCAUGGUGCUCGCUGUGACAGCUGUGGAAUCUGUGUUGAUGAUCACAACAUGAAAGAAGCCAAUAAAAAAAUUCCUUGUAAACCUGUGUCUGUUGAAGGUGAUAGACUUGAACAUUACUGGGUGCAGGGCAACCUGCCCUUAUAUAGUAAGUGCUCCACAUGUAAUGAGGAUUGUGGAACUCUACCACACAUCUGUGAUAGAAAAUGUGCAUGGUGUCAACAAACUGUGCAUGAAGAGUGCUCUCCUAAGUCGGACUUUUGUGAUUUAGGACCUAACAAAACUGCCAUAAUACCACCAACUAGUAUUAAGUUGAAAAGUGUUGGAAUGAAAGGUCGUAAACGUCUUGUAAUUAAAGAAGCUUCCAUUCCUGACAUUAAGAACUGGAGUCCCUUACUUGUGAUUGGAAAUCGUAAAAGUGGCAAUAAUGAUGGAGAGUAUAUUCUAAGAUCUUUCAAAACCUUGCUAAACCCCACACAGGUUAUAGAUUUGAAUGAUGAUUCUCCGGAGCAUGCAUUAGAAUGGUGUCGAUUACUGCCCUCUGUCACAUUCCGAGUAUUAGUUUGUGGUGGGGAUGGAACCAUUGGCUGGGUACUGAAUGCCAUAGAAUCCUUAAAACUGCAGAAUCCCCCUCAAGUGGCCAUUUUGCCCCUAGGGACAGGAAAUGACUUAUCUCGAGUGUUGGGCUGGGGGGAGGGCUACACUCAUGAAGACCUUGCAGAUGUUAAUGAUUUUAUGACAAAACUUCAGGAGGCUAAGCCUGUAAAAUUAGACAGGUGGGCUGUGCGGAUAAUCAAUACAAAGAAAGUGAUAGGAAAAGUGAAAAAAAUAAUCAUGAACAACUACUGCUCUCUGGGUGUUGAUGCACUAGUGACCUUGAAUUUUCAUCGUCAGAGGGAAUCAAAACCUUGGUUGUUUGCACACAGACUAAUAAAUAAGCUUUGUUAUUUCUAUUAUGGGACCAAGGAUGUUUUAGAAAAUGAAUGUAAAAAUCUACAUAAAAAAAUUCAGGUGGAAUUGGAUGGACAGUUGAUAGACUUACCUGAGAUAGAGGCCAUUGUGAUCUUGAAUAUCAGCAGCUGGGGAGGAGGAUGUCAGCCCUGGGGAGCAGGACAUGACGAGAGUAAACAGUUGAAAGCACCCAGAUACAAUGAUGGCAUACUGGAGGUGAUGGGGGAUAUUUCCUUCCAUAUU